UUUGCCAUCCUCUGUUUUGGUUGAAAUGGUUCGUAUAAUACGACGGCGUAUCAUCUGUCUUCAGUUCUGAUAUCUUCUUGCAGCUAUAAAUGGAAACCUCUUUGGCAAAUGAAUAUCCAUUUGAACUCCAUUCUUUCACAACUCACGAAACCGCAUCACACCAUCUCGAGAACCCGUAUCUUGCACGCGCUUGUAAUCGCCAACUCCCUCUCUUCCGACCCUUUUUACGCCACCAAGAUCCUACGUCUGUACGCCGUAAACAACGACCUGAUUUCCGCCCGCAACCUGUUCGACAGAACGCCCCAGAGAAGUGUUUUCCUUUGGAACUCAAUCAUCCGAGCUUACGCUCAGUCCCACCGAUUCCCCGACGCGUUUGCGCUUUUCAAACGCCUUCUGAUCUCCGAAACACCGCCCGAUAACUACACUUUCGCGUGCGUUGCUCGGGCUACCGCAGAUAGCUUCGACAUCAAGGCAUUGAGAAUUGUGCAUGGGAAAGUGGUCUCUUUUGGGUUAAGUUUAGAUUUUGUGUGCAACAGUGCGCUUGUGAGUAGCUACUCAAAGUUGGGCCUAGUCGAUGAAGCAAGCUGCGUGUUUCGUGGGAUCGAAGAGCCGGAUUUGGUGCUAUUUAAUGCUAUGAUUUCAGGUUAUGGCAAUUGUGGAGAUUGGGUGAAGGGGAUAGAAUUAUUCAACACAAUGCAGAAUACGGGGUUUCGGCCCGACGGGUAUACAAUGGUGGGGUUGAUUAUUGGAUUAAUUGAUCAUCGUUCGAUAAAUACAGGCGAAAUGAUACACGGGUUUUGUGUGAAAUGUGGUUUGGAUUUGAAUGAUCAUGUGGGAAGUGUGCUUGUUAGUAUGUAUUCAAAGUGUAAGAACAUAGAGUCGGUAUUUAAAGUAUUCGGUAGUCUAGUCCAGCCAGAUUUAGUUUCGUGGUCGGCGAUAAUUACCGGUUUGUCCUUGGCCGGAUAUUAUGUAAAGGCCUUGCUUUUCUUUAGGGAAUUUCUUAUAGAUGGAAGAAAAAAGGCUGAUUAUGUGUUGAUUGCUAGCGCUCUUUCUGCUUCUGCUCAGUUGGCAAUUGUGGGACCCGGCUGUGAGAUCCAUGGUUAUGCUAUCCGGCACGAAUGUAGCACAGAGGUUGCAGUCUCAUCUGCUCUUAUUGACAUGUACGCAAAAUGUGGAUUCUUGGAGAUGGGCGUUAAGGUGUUCGACAAAAUGCCUCAUAGAAACACUGUCUCGUACAAUAUCGUAAUUUCGAGCCUCGGUCUAUACGGACGUGCUCAAGAGGCAUUUCGGUUGUUCGACGAGAUUCUGCAAGAGGGAUUAAAGCCCGACGAAACGACCUUCGCGGGCCUGCUUUGCGCGUGUUGCCAUUCGGGCCAUGUUAGUGAAGGCAGAGAGUAUUUCAGACGCAUGACAGAGGAAUUCGAAAUUGGAGCUAAAACGGAGCAUUAUAUUCACAUGGUGAAGCUUCUUGGUAUGAACGGAAAAUUGGAGGAGGCUUAUAAUCUCGUCAAAUCCAUCAAUCAAGAACCGGUGAAUUCCGGUAUAUGGGGAGCACUUUUGUCGUGUUGCGCCUCUUGUAAGAAUUACGAGUUGGUCGAUGUAAUAACGAACCAUCUUGAUGAAAACAAGCAAGAAAAUUGCAGUUACGGUGUCGUACUUUCGAAUUUAUUCGCGGGUGAUGAGAGGUGGGACCAUGUGAAGCAGUUGAGGGUUGAUAACGGAGGAGCUAAAGGGAAAAUUCCUGCAAUAAGCUGGAUCAGUAAUACAAAUCAUUGAACACGAGCUAAGUUCUUCUUUUCGUUUUCCCCUAUUUAAGAAUACUAUCGAAUAUUACGUUGGAAAGCGAUCAACGGGAUGUUCUUGCAAUCUUUCUCAACA